ACCAUUCUAAAUGUUCGUUUCGCUCAGUUCCUCAAAAAUGAUAAUUCGUGUGUAUAUGGUGGCACUUUUUUGCGCUGUCGUGUUAGGCCGGUCGGCCGAAAAGGACCAACAGAAUCCAGAAGACUUGGAAACCAAUCAAGACACUCCACUGGUUUCACCUCAGAGCAGAAAAACGGAUCCAAAACUUGACGUGAAAAUAGCUCAUCAACCAGGACAACCCGAACCUCAUCAGGAAAUUAUUUCUAUUUUCAAAAAUGUGGGAAAAGAUGCGACGGAGAAGUCUGAAUUAAUCGGAGAAGCUAAAUCUGAAUUGCUGCAGUCGCCGCCGGUUCCAGUUCCACCCAACCCUGCGCUAUCCAGUCGAAGUCGAAGAUUUUUUCUUCCUUACCUUUCGUCUUACCGCCGACCUUACUACCGCCGACCGUACGUGAGAGGUGGUUAUUAUCCUUAUUACUUCGGAGGCAUCUUCGGAUAUCCGUAUUAUGGCGGAUACGGAUCAUAUGGUUACGGUGACUACGGCGGAGGAUACUACGGCGGCUACGGCGAUUACGGUGGGGGCUAUGGUGAUUAUGGUGGAGGCUACGAUGACUAUGGAGGUGGCUUUGGUGAUUAUGGAGGGGGCUUUGGUGAUUAUGGAGGGGGCUAUGGUGACAUCGAUAUUGGAAUCGAUUCAGAUUAUUAA